CUGUCGCCAAAUUUCUCCAAAAUAUCUUCUUUAUAUUAAUCUAUUUGGGAUAUAUUACAAUAUUAAUUAGACUUGUUGUUCAUGUCAGUCUGCAGAGCUCACCUGUGGAUGAAUGACAGUUUAUAUGAGCGGUAGGCUGGAUCCGUUGAGUAAUGACUCGCGCGCUCUCAGUCAGCCUUCAGUGCGUUCAAUGGGUUAAUGGUGUGUGUGUGAGGAAUCUAUCUGCUUCUUUAUCACAGGAAUCAUCCUGAAAUUUCUUUCCGUGUGACCGGUAAUGUCCACUCACAGCUCGUGGAGAACCUUCUCCAUCUCUCCUGCUGAUCUGACUGCGAUGUUUAUUGGUCGUUGUUGGAGCUGUUGCGCGUGAUUUAUAACGCUCGUGUCACAGUCGAGCAGUUUUGGCUUGAAUUAAUUACAGACGGAAACUAUCGGCUGGGAUUCACUUGAUAUCAUGGAAGUACCGAAGAUUACCGGGGGUCAUUAGAGCUUAUUGAAGUUGGAGGAAGAGUCCAACUGGUUUUAUUGCUGGAAGUGAGACGCGUUGUUGGCGGAUAAUAAUCCGGAAAAUAGAGGAGGGCACUGUCCGCUCUCGCGCGCAUCCGAUGGAUAGAAAUAAUAGUGUAGCGAUAUAAUCGCGAACGAGAAGCGAGGAGAGUUCAUGAUCAGCGGUAUCAGCAGUGGGAUCGUUUGGAUAUCGGCAUUUGAGUGAUCACUUUAAAAGAUCCCCUAGAAGAACCAUUAAAGAGGACUUGCGCUGGGACAGAGUCUGGCUGUGGUGCUCCGGGACGGUCUGCUGCGCUCCGAGCUGGAGUGCGCUGUCUGAUGGAGAUUGCUGAAUUGGAUCCGGACCCUAGGAGAGAGGGGUCCGAUGGGAUGUUAGUCCCAGGCGGUGGUGGUGAGGAGCGUGUUGUGCUUCAGUAUCCUGUACAACAUGAUCAGUGUAGGGAGAAGAUGCCGUUCCACCAUGUGACGGCAGGACUGCUGUACAAGGGAAACUAUUUGAGUCGCUCUCUGUCUGAACACAGUAACAGCGAGCAGCUCGCCAACAUCUCCGUGGAGGAACUAGAUGAGAUCCGGGAGGCGUUCAGGGUACUGGAUCGGGAUGGAAAUGGGUUCAUCUCCAAGCAGGAGCUUGGCAUGGCCAUGCGCUCACUAGGGCACAUGCCUAGUGAAGUGGAGCUGGCAAUCAUCAUGCAGAGAUUGGACAUGGACGGUGAUGGACAAGUGGACUUUGACGAGUUCAUGACAAUACUUGGACCAAAGCUCCUCUCCUCUGAAACACGGGAAGGUUUCCUUGGAAACACGAUAGACAGCAUAUUCUGGCAGUUUGACAUGCAGCGAAUAACGCUGGAGGAGCUCAAGCACAUCCUGUUUCAUGCCUUCCGAGACCAUCUGACGAUGAAGGACAUCGAGAACAUCAUCAUCACUGAGGAGGAGAGCUUGAACGAGAACUCUGGGAACUGUCAGAUGGAGUUUGAGGGAGUUCAUUCCAAAAAGAAGAAUCGUCAGACGUGCGUGCGCAAGAGCCUCAUCUGCGCUUUCGCCAUGGCCUUCAUCAUCAGUGUCAUGCUCAUCGCGGCCAAUCAGAUGCUGCGCAAUGGCAUGGAGUAGCGACACCACUGUGAGCGGGGCGGAGCCUGCAUGUGCAUGUCUGUCGAUGAAGUCAUUUCCUAAAACUAUUGAACAGAAACCAACAACACUUGAGUAUUGAAACCAAACACCUCACUGUUGAAAAGAGGAGCUUUUUAUUCUAUUUUUAUUUUUUAUUCUCCCUUUACUUUUCCACAAGGACCAUCUGACACAGAAAGUGGCAGAGGAAGUGUAGACGCCUGCAUGUUUCGCAGGGCCUCAUCUUUCUGGCAGGGAUUUAAAGGGCUGACUUUAUGCGUUUUGUGACACCUCUGUUCCCAAAUGCAAUAACAUGCAGGAGUUCAUAAGCACCUCUUCUGCGUCGCUGUCUCCUCCGUGGCUCCAGAUUUCAGCGGGGAUUGGCUGAUGAGCUGUGCGACUGUGCUCGGGCCUGCUGGUGAGGUAGGAAAGCAAAAGUAAUUGGCAACUCAUUACACCUUUGCGAAGGGGAGUUGCAGCAUCCACUCUGGAGACUAUUUUGGUCUGCUCUCGCCAGAGCGCGUUCUGGCUCCGGAGACUGUGGGAGGUUGGGGAGAGUGUGUUCGAUGUAGUCCAUAAUUAAAUCCAUAUUCGUCAGCUCCAAAAAUCUAUGAGCUUGACUCAUAGAUUUGAAUCAAUUCGAAUGUGUUGUGAGAGGAAAAACAUUAGAUCUCAUAUUUCUCUGUCUAAUGCUUUUUCUACACCGGUGUUGAAAUGAGUCAGGGAUAAAAUUGUUGUUUAAUGUUUGAUACUUCUGGGCACACAAAGAAAAUCCAAAAUUGGAAAUUUAGUCGUUAGUUGUUAUUUCAUUCUAAAUCUGCAAGAUUUUCUUACGUGGAACACAAAAAGAAAAAUGACAAAGUAAUAGUAAUUCUUUUCCAUCCAAUUACAAGUAAUAGGGACCAGAAAUCAACUUAAAAACUCAAAGCUGCCUUAAAUUUACAUCUAAUUCACUUUAAUUCAUUUAGAUUCAAAUGACAUUAAACUCACUUAAAAAACCAAGUUCCAUAUAGCUAACCAAUUUCAACUUCGUUUGAUAAAUUGUAUAAAAUGUAACUUGAUUUUAUGUCGGUUUAAUAUCAUUUAAAUUUAAGUGACUAGUGAAGCCAAUUUCAUUUAACUUAACAACUUGAGGCAGCUUUUGAACAAAAACGUCAUUUUUUAUAGUGAAGAGCUCUAAGAUUUUAACAAAAACACUGAAAGUCUCAUUAAUGUGGUCCAUAAGAUCUGUGCAUGACAUCUUCAGAGGUCAUACAAUGACAUUGUGCGAGAAACCGUUAAAAAAAUAGUUUGUCAUUUACCUUUUCUCAAUUAAAUAUAUUUAGUCUAUUUCCACUAUAAAGCUUUAGUUCAAAAGCUGCCUUAAAUAAAACAAGUUUAAUUAAUUGGCUUUACAAGUCAUUUGAAUUUAAAUAAUAUUAAACAUACUUUGAAAAUAUUUUUUCCCCACAUAAUUUACAGUGUAAAAGGAAGUUUAAACUAGAUUUUUAGUUUAAUAUUGUUCAAGUUCAAAUUACUUGUAAAGCCAAUUAGAUUUAACUUAAAAAUUGAAAGCAGCUUUUCAACUAAAGUUUUAUGGUUGAAAUGGACAAUUUGUGACGGUGUUGAAACUAAUCAUGUCUGAUUGUGAGCCCGUCACUCUUUGAAUCAAUGAAUCAGUUGAACUGUUCUGAGUUUCCAAUUUGGAAUGAACUUUUUCUUUAAUUUGUUUGCCGUAAUACCUUUUGCGAUGCCCAUUUUCAGUUACUUCAAUACUGAAAGGUUCACGGUGACUCUUAAGGGAAUCUCAAUGGUGAAUUUUGGAUGCAGUGCUGUACCAUCAUCCUUCAUAUUGCACUCUUCAAGUUUUCACUAUCUCCAUUCGCACAUGCUUAAUCUUUUGAUUAAUAAUAUACAGUAUAUUUUAAAUUUAUGUCAGUCUUCUUUUUAAAGAAGCCUUCCUUUUAAAGGCUUGUAGUAAUAGCUGAUGGUUUUAUGUAGAGUUUACAUUUUUAUUUGAUCUCCCAUGUCUACAUAAACUCCACCGUAGCAUUGCAUUGUUGAUGUUUUAGUAGAUGUAUACAGGCACAGAAAUGAUUGUUCAACAAAACAGAUUCAAAUGGGAAGUUGACUGUAUUUCUUAUUUUGAUGGUAGAAACGCUGUGCCUGACACAGUCUUUAUGUUUCAUGUCUCCUCUUGACACCUGUAGAAAAUACACUGGUAUGUUCUUCACCGUAAAGUCUGCUUCUUCUUUAUUAUGCAUGUCAAAUUAGAUCUUGUAAAUAGACCUUCACGUGUGUGUUGGAUGAAGUCUGUUCGUGCAUGAUGGUUUUAACUGGUACAAUCUGCACAGAUCUUGUCGGGGAUACAAGGGGGGCUGAGAAAUCAAUACAUGUCUACCAGCUCUCAACCACCCCCCCCCCCCACCACACGAGACUAAAGCCAUAUUACUCUGCACAGAUGUACUGAAGGUGCAUACACAACUAUUGAAUGAAAACAGUUAAAUUUCAGCCAAACACUUUUUUCUCGUAUAUGGAUUCUGGUACAACAGCGACACCUGGUGGUUAAAGUUUAAAUGUGUGUCUGUGUGUGUUUGUAUUUGUAUUUUUUAAUGUCUGAUUCUUAAUAUAAGAUUAGCUUGUAGCAUUCAAAUAUGUAAAUGAGCUGGAUGGGCUGACAAAAUAAUAAUAUAUAGUAUGUGUUUGCAUAUUUAGAUGAUUUGGAUCAUCACAAGAAUGGUGAGAUAGAUGGGAAGCUGAGGAACCUUAGCCGAAAGGGUUUCAAUAAUACACAGAAAACCAUUUAUUUAAAAUUAUGUCAUGAUCUUAUAUCAAGACAGUAUUGUAAAAUAAACAUUUUGAUAAAUGGGACAGUAAUAUUGCUUCAAGAUAUAUUUGCCCCUGAUCAAAUCAGAUUUAACGUUAUACAGUAUAUAGAUCUAAACUGGGAUCUUUUUACAAUGGAGACGAUGGGGGAUGAACAUCAAGAGUAAUAUGGUGAUGAUGUUUCAACUGUAUGAUAUUAUUCUGUAUUAUAUUUACUAUGAUUAUUCACUUAUUAAAAAUAGAUCUGUACACUUUGCAUGCAGACAAUUUAUCUAAAUAGACAGUAGUUAAGACUGGGCUUGUUGCAAGCUGCUAUAGAUGAUUUUAUUAUAUUCAAAUAUGUACAGAACAAAUGCAUAGAGUUUAUGCAAUA